GUGUGGAUCCAUCCCUGCAGGCAGAGAACAGAGUCCCAGGCUCUUCCCAAGCCACUGCUGCUGUAUCAAAACCGCAGAAGUCCCGUUCCGCCAACUCAAGGGAUGAGCGCUUUCGAUCAGAUGUGCACACUGAGGCAGUACAAGCAGCACUUGCAAAAUACAAAGAGCGGAAGAUGCCCAUGCCCUCGAAGAGGCGAUCUGUCCUGGUUCACUCUUCGGUAGAGACGUACACCCCUCCAGACACAUCGUCAGCAUCAGAAGAUGAGGGCUCGUUACGGCGGCAAGGGCGGAUCAGCUCCACUCCGUUCCAGAGCCAUUCCAACGUAGAGCCCUGGCUUAACCGAGUCAUUCAGGGCUCCUCCACCUCAUCCUCUGCAUCUUCCACCUCAUCUCAUCCUGGAGGGAAACCUGCUGCUGCUUCCAAUACAGCUCCUGCCACCGCUGCUGCCACUGUGCUUGCAGAUCUCAUGGCACACACCCAGCUAGAGAACCACUCUGCACCCCCAGACGUGACCACUGGCCUGGUGGAACACCUACACCACGAGCGCCCACAGGUAGCGUCGGUGCGAGGAGUGCCAAGAGCCUACGACAGCAGCAUUUUGGAAACUGCAGAUGGUGUCCCAGUGAAUAGCAGAGUGUCCUCUAAAAUCCAGCAGCUGCUAAACACGUUGAAAAGACCAAAGCGUCCACCCUUGAAAGAGUUUUUUGUGGAUGAUUUUGAAGAACUGCUAGAAGUGCAACAGCCUGACCCAAACCAACCAAAGCCUGAAGGAAAUCAGACCAAUGUACUCAAAGGGGAAGCCUUAGGGGUGGUGACCAACUGGCCCCCCUCACUGCUGGCCGCCCUGCAGCGCUGGGGAACCACCCAGCCCAAGGCACCUUGUCUGACAGCCUUGGAUACCACUGGGAAAGCUGUUUACACCCUUACCUAUGGCAAGCUGUGGAGUCGAAGCUUGAAGUUAGCCUAUACCCUGCUGAAAAAAAAACUAACCACAGAGCCCCUGGUGAAGCCUGGAGACCGGAUAGCUCUCGUAUUUCCUAACAGUGAUCCAGUUAUGUUCAUGGUGGCAUUUUAUGGAUGUCUCCUGGCAGAACUUAUUCCUGUCCCAAUAGAAGUUCCACUCACAAGAAAGGAUGCUGGCAGUCAGCAGAUCGGGUUUCUUUUGGGCAGCUGUGGAGUAACACUGGCUUUAACCACUGAUGCGUGUCAGAAAGGCCUCCCUAAGGCUCAGACUGGCGAGGUGGUGACCUUCAAAGGUUGGCCUCGUCUCAUUUGGUUUGUUAUCGAUGGGAAGCAUCUGGCAAAACCAGCCAAGGACUGGCAUCCACAAGUGCGGGAUGCCAGCACUGAGAUUGCUUACAUCGAGUACAAAACAAGCAAAGAAGGCAGCACCGUGGGCAUUACUGUAUCUCAUGCUUCCAUGCUCGCACACUGUCACGCACUGACUCAGGCAUGUGGUUAUUCCGAAGCUGAAACGCUAACAAAUGUCUUGGAUUUCAAAAGAGACGCUGGCCUGUGGCACGGAGUGUUAACGAGUGUUAUGAACAGGAUGCAUGUCAUCAGUAUUCCUUAUGCAUUAAUGAAGGUUAAUCCACUUUCCUGGAUACAGAAAGUCUGCUUAUACAAAGCCCAUGUAGCAGUAGUGAAAUCGCGUGAUAUGCACUGGUCACUUUUGGCUCAGAGGGAUCAGAGGGAUGUCAGCCUGAGCUCAUUACGGAUGUUAAUAGUGGCAGAUGGUGCCAAUCCAUGGUCAAUAUCCUCCUGUGAUGCCUUCCUGAAUGUGUUUCAGUCCAGAGGUUUGAGACCAGAAGUAAUCUGUCCCUGUGCUAGUUCCUCAGAGGCACUAACCGUUGCUAUUCGCAGACCUCCUGAACUGGGUGGCCCCCCUCCAGGAAAAGCUGUGUUAUCCAUGAACUGUCUGAGUUUCGGCGUGAUCAGAGUGGAUACAGAGGAGAAGUUGUCAGUGUUAACUGUGCAGGAUGUUGGUCAGAUUAUGCCUGGAGCCAAUGUGUGUGUUGUGAAGGUGGAUGGGACUCCUUACCUGUGUAAAGCUGACGAAGUUGGAGAAAUAUGUGUGAACUCGGGAGCGACUGGGAUAGCCUAUUUCGGCCUCCUUGGAAUCACCAAGAAUGUGUUUGAGGCCAUCCCUGUGACAGCAGCUGGUGUGCCUGUUUCAGACCAGCCCUUCACAAGAACAGGAUUGCUUGGCUUUGUGGGUCCUGACUAUUUGGUGUUCGUGGUAGGAAAAUUGGAUGGCCUGAUGACAGUUAGUGGCCGCAGGCACAACGCAGAUGAUGUGGUAGCCACCGCAUUGGCAGUGGAACCCAUGAAGUUUGUUUAUCGGGGAAGGAUAGCAGUGUUUUCUGUGCCCGUUUUGCAUGAUGAUCGGAUAGUGCUUGUGGCAGAGCAGCGCCCUGACGCAUCAGAGGAGGAUAGUUUUCAGUGGAUGAGCAGGGUUCUACAGGCUAUCGAUAGCAUUCACCAAGUGGGUGUCUACUGCCUUGCCUUGGUGCCAGCCAACACUUUGCCAAAGGCUCCCCUUGGAGGAAUUCAUAUUUCAGAAACGAAGCAGCGCUUCCUGGAGGGUGCUCUGCACCCUUGUAAUGUCCUGAUGUGUCCCCAUACCUGUGUUACUAACCUGCCCAAGCCUCGACAGAAGCAACCAGAUGUUGGUCCUGCAUCAAUGAUAGUAGGAAACCUUGUAGCUGGGAAGAGGAUUGCACAAGCCUCAGGGAGAGAUGUUAGCCAGCUGGAGGAUAACGACCAGGCAAGAAAGUUCCUGUAUUUAGCAGACGUUCUUCAGUGGCGAGCUCAGACAACUCCAGAUCAUCCCCUCUUCCUUCUAUUGAAUUCCAAGGGCACAGUAGCCUGCAAUGCAUCAUGCAUCCAGCUGCACAAGAGAGCAGAGAGAGUGGCAGUUGGGCUGAUGGAGAAGGGACGGCUGAAUGUAGGUGACCACGUGGCCUUGGUUUACCCUCCAGGAGUUGACUUGAUAGCAACUUUCUAUGGGUGCUUAUACGCCGGCUGUGUACCCAUCACUGUCCGCCCACCUCACCCACAGAACCUUGCCACCACUCUGCCCACUGUCAAAAUGAUUGUAGAGGUCAGUAAGUCUGCGUGUAUACUGACCACCCAAGCCAUAAUGAAACUGCUCAAGUCCAAGGAGGCUGCAGCAGCUGUAGAUAUUAAAACAUGGCCCACUAUUUUGGAUACAGAUGAUAUGCCUAAAAAGAAGCUGGCUAGUGUUUUCAGACCUGCAUCUCCUGAUAUGUUGGCAUACUUGGACUUCAGCGUGUCUACCACUGGUAUAUUAGCAGGAGUAAAGAUGUCACACGCAGCUACAAGUGCCUUGUGUCGCUCAAUAAAGCUCCAGUGUGAGCUGUACCCGUCCCGACAGAUUGCCAUCUGCCUGGACCCUUACUGUGGUUUGGGAUUUGCACUGUGGUGCUUGUGCAG